AUGGCAUUUUUGAGAGAAUUACUCCUGUUACUGGCCUUUGCCAGCUACGUUCAGGGCUCAGAGGUUGAGCUGGACCUAUCGAACGCGUCUAGAGACAAUUUUGAUGUGGUCGAGUUUGAAACUGGCCCUGCCUCGGUGACACGUAUUACACCCAAGCUUGGAGUGCACGUGAAUAGAAUCACCGACACCCUAGACGGCGUAUGGUCCCCUUUGUCGAAGGAUUUCUCUGUGAAGUCCUUCGAAAUCCACCAAAGGUCGGGCCACAACUCCAUAGGUCACCUCGCGCUCUUCGAAAAAAACGUUACAUCCCCUUCCGGACCCCAGGAAGAUGACAAUUCACACCAAAAUCUGGGAGAGUCCUUGUCCGAGAAGGUUGUCUAUUCUAAUUUAUAUUUUACCAAGAGAGACAGGGGUUGGUUCCCCCUAACAAAGUACCACUUCGAUGUUCUAAAGGAUGAUAUGGAGUCCUUAGACGCAAUUUUAGAUCUCCAUAAUUUUUCAGAUUCACUAGUAUCCGUCUCCCAUCUCGAGGACAAAGUUACGCGCGAACUCCUGCUAGCUCGUCGUCUCUCUCGAGUGACACGAGUAAACCACAACGGAGACCUGGUUUGGAGUUCUGCUGGCACUGAAUUAUUCAAAAGUGCAUUUCUCUCAUACAACACAAUGAACUCUCUUGUGUUGGUCAAGAUGACGCUAACCACUCCAAACGCUACCUACAACCCUCUUGACGAAAAGUCGUCACGCUACUACUUAGACAGAACGCUUUAUUUCUACAAGAAUAAGUCACUUGUCUGGAAAACGGUGAACCAAACCUUUUACGAAGAGACCCUCGAACUUUUGAGGAUUCAGUUCGCCUACUUUUCUAGACGUUUCCAUAAGCUUACGCUUGACGUCCUUCCUAUGUUGGAUGGUUCCGACUCCGACAAUCCCCUCUACUUCGACUUUAGAGUGGAGAAGAAAGAGUAUAGAGGCGUCAAGGUUGCGAUGGUUAGCCCUUUAGGCGAGGCCACGUUGACCUUAGUAAAGUCCGGAGACUCCCUUCUUUGGGUCUCCGAAAAUGAUAGAACAUAUUGCAGAGAUGUUCACCUCUAUCACCUAGGUGACAGCUCCACUCUCGUGGAUCUCUGCCUGGCUUCUAACCCUUCCGACACAUGCCAGUAUAAGUUCUUCAAACUAGAGAGUGGGCACUGGGGUUCACUCUCUCAAGAUAAUUACAAGCAUCUGUUGAACAACGACGAGAUUUCAGUUGUUCUCGAACUCAAUAACACAGACCUGUUUUUCUGCUCAAAGGCAGUUUACAAGCGCAACGGCGUCCCUAUAACCCACAUAACAGCUAAUGAUGGAUACUACUUUGAUAAGGUUAAGGAACUGGAGCUUGAACUAUGGAACUCAACACGGUUCCUAAAGUGUAAAAAAGUGUUCCAUGUCAAUUUAAACAAUUUCAAUUUCAUUUCUUUGCUAGUUGAAGAUCCACUAAACAAUACAUCUCAUUUAUUAUACUAUCAGAAGAUAUCACAACCCAAUAAGGAUAGCACUAACGAGGGUGUCUGGAUGCCUAUAACUGAGGCAGUACAUUCUUCCUUAAUGCACUCCCUAUUGAUGAAGAUAUCAUUUGAUUUUGACUUGACUGAGUUUAUAUCUGAUAUGAGGUCAAAACACUCAGUUCCCUUUGACCUCGACUCCUUCCCCGAGACUAACCUCGACAGAACCAAUAAAAAUUAUUCUUUGAGCCUAUUUAGGCACAACAAUGUACCAAUGGUUCGAGUUUACCCUGCAUUCACAUCUCACCUGGCUAACUUCCGCGAGGGCUCCAACGUUAUCUGGAGCUCAAAGCCCAACCGCAAACUCUUUUUCUUGGAGUUUAAUUAUGCCGAGCAACCAAGCAUGGUCCUUUUAUUGUUCUCAGACGAGAAUGACGUGUUAAGGACUUCUUACUAUUCGCGGGUAAAUGGAAAGUGGAUUAGUGUCACCAUCGAUGAGCUGCAGAACUUUUUUGGCAAAGUCUCAACCGUUCAGGACCAGAAGUUCUUCACUCUCGAUAUCGGGAAACUGUUACCCUCAAACAAGUACACCUACCAAAUCGAUCAUCUUGCUACCCCGCCAUCAUGCCUUGUUGAGCCGUCCUACGGUCACAAAAUUGACAAGCUGGUUGAUGGCGCGGAGACAAUUUGGUCAUUCAACUCAUUCCCUAAGGAUGCUUCCACACCCUACGGCAGAAUAGGAAACGAUGAUUAUACCAGAGGCUACGAAGACCUUGUAUACGCAACAUUCGUACCCUAUGAUGACCCCAAAUUCGUAACUACAGUCACUCUAUCCCAAUCUCAUCACCUUUACCUAAACCAUUACCUCAAACAAGAUGAUGGUGUUUGGAAGAGUGUUAAUACCUCAGAGUACUUUGAAGAGUUAGAGGAGUACUCCGCCGAGUAUUAUCAGGGAGAGGAGAUUGUAGAUCUGUCUGAUGUUUUCAUGGGCGAGAGGAGAGAUUACUACGAAUUUGUCGACUCAAGUUAUUAUGGAAUGGACCACUACGGUGUCCUAAAGUUCACCGACAAGGUUGAACGUUUGUCCAUAUACGUUAAUGGAGUACACUUGUACAAGUUACCCAAAGCAACAUACCUCAAGGAACUUACCUUCUUCCCCUCAAACCAACCAAAGGUUAUAUCACUCGAGUAUCAAUCCUCCAAUAACGACUCCAACUUUCUCUACUUCUCCCAGUCGGAUUUUACCGAUGCUGAUCCUUUCGUUAAGAUAUUGAAUCAAUACGUUCAGGUUGACGAGCACGAAUACACCAAGCAAUUCGAGAAACUUUUAAUGCUAAACAAGUACACAAGUCUUGAUUUGGCCACUUAUUACAAAAUGGUCGAGGACUUCGAAGAAACAAACUCUGAUGAACGUGAUUUGGUUUCUUACAUGCACGAAAAAUUGAACAACACCCAAACAAACAAUGGAAAGGCAGUUGAGUCUCCAUUAAAGCAUUCAGUGUACAACUAUUUGGGAGUUAAUUUAGUAGUAGCUGAGGUUAACCCUUAUUAUGUUCUUAGGGGUGUGAAUGAUGGCAUUGAUAUCGUAACUGCCUACAACUUUUAUCCCUCCACGAAGAUUUAUUUCACAGUAAAUAACGAAUACUUUUUGAGCAUUUAUUAUAGGGAUGCUAAUUCGCAGGAUUUGAAAAUGCUCAACUACGAGAAGUGGAACCGCCGCUGGACGCAUAAGAUUAUCUGUUUCCACCGCGCACUCCAGGUUUUGAUUAACUUCGCAUCAAAGCCUGUUUCAGUCGACAUGUUCCACCUAAGGUGCGGACACGAGCUCAAACUUGUGACAUCUCAAUCCUUUUCAGGCUUUUUUACUAACACACUAAGUUCUAAGCCUGGAUAUCAAAUAAAGCUCAUAUAUUAUAACUCAGUGCCAAUUUACAACGCUGAUAACGGACUUUCUAAGAAAAUUGGUCCCGAAGACUCUCUAGAGAAUGUGAUUGAAAUCACAUUCUUCCCACUCCUGAGGCCUAAAGUCCUACGUAUCAGCUCAAACACAAACUCAACAAUCAUCAACAAGUACUACAAGAUCACAAAUUUGUUGGACACAGAUUCAGCCAAACCCUCAACCACUUCAAUAAUAACUAGCCUUAACGUGUUCGACUACUAUUCACUUCUUGAAUCUUUUGGACGUAUGUAUGAAUUUCUGGUGGAUAUCACCGAACUUCACACGACUGAUGACUACAGGCUAUCAAACCACACAGUUUCGAACACAUCUUACCUAAUUUUAACCCCAAAUAAGGGCAAAAAUCUGGUAUUGCUAACCCAGGGAAGGAAUGUUAUAUGGGAAGCCCAGGAUGAGCUAGUAAACUACCUCAUACUCUAUCCCCAACAUAAACCCUUCUUAGCACUCAUAUACUACAACAAAUCAGACCGCGAGGGUGUAUAUCAUUAUAGAUAUAUGUCUAGUGUGAAUAAAUGGGUGAAGACUAGUGAGGACUAUGCAUUAGACAAGUUUAGGCUGAGGAAGGAGAAUCUAAUGCCUAUGACGCUAGAUUUGUCAACACUGCCAAAUAAGAACCUAGAAGAAAAGGACUAUAUGUCUAACCUUCAUCUGAACCUUUGCAGGAAGAAGAUUUACGGACUAGUCUUUACCAUAGUAAAGCCUUCAUUCUCAACAUACAUUGUGGCUGUUAAACACAAUGGAAAGAUAUUAUUCGAUAUCAACGCAGACCAAAACUCCCAUUCAGACCAUUCUAAUAGAAUAUUGAGUGCGGUUUAUGCGUUUAAGGAUGACCCCAAGAUAUUGGCCCUGAACUAUGUGAAGAAUUUUGUACCUUCUCAAGCAUACUUUAGGAAAAACGACGAGGGAGUUUGGGAGGAGAUUUCAAGCACAGAGUACGGCAAGUUCCUCUUCUUGCUCAAACGCUUCACCAUGAACCCGGUCGUGCUCGAUAUAGACAAUCCUAACCCCCAUUUCUUCACUACCUACUUUGAUCGCUCCAACAAGAACUUCACAAUGACAAGAAUAACACCAAUGGACAAUUACAAGAUUUCCAAAGUUGUCAGAUCCAAUUCGUCUAACGCCAAGGACCCCUUCAAGGACCUAAAGUUGUUUGAUUCAGACCAAAACCCAGUUCAGCCAGUUGAGGAAAUUUUUGCAGUUCAGGACAAGACUGUUUUUUAUGUUGAGUACACUGACGGGAGUCCUUCACUCAUGAGGAUCUACUACAGCACAGAUAUGAUGUUCCAGGUCCAAAAGGCGUACUUUGUGCUCGAAGAAGGCGUUUACAAGCCCACAACAGAGGAGAAUUUCAACCGCCUGAUGUCCCUCGCCAAGAUCGCAGGCACUCAGGUCAAAUAUAACCUGGACCCUUACUACAGGGUUGGAUCCCCUGUUUACGACAACGACGGCUACGAGGAGACUGUUGAGACAGUUUACAACGAGAAGAUUGAUGUAGUAUACCCGAACUCCGAGGUUAACAUUUCUCCUAUUAUGUUCAAGGAGGCCAACGUUUGGGAAGCACACCCACACUACCAGACCCUAUCAAUAGUCUCUUACCCAUCUAAAGAUCCUAACCAGAUGAUGGUAAACUUCAAAGAUCUUUUGAAAAGUGUUGUUUACUCUCAGUAUUACAAGAAAGCUAAAGAAUCUGGGCCCUCAGAAAAGGUAGUCUGGAAGUCGUCAAUCCUGUAUAGUAACGCAGUUUUCGACAAAAACGUCAAGAGCGUAGACUAUGACUUGUCUGAUACUAAAGUACACACGAGUUUGACUGUAUUUACCUUCGAGCGCGAAGGCUUAUACACUACAGUCGUUCUUCCCAAUAAGGGUACACGUGUUACCUCAAUUUCUAUGCAAAACCGAAAGAUUUGGACACCAAAUCAAGGCAACUCGACAUCACCCUCGGAGGAGCUUGUGAAGUUUUACUUUACCCCCUCUAUUGAUCCCAGGGUUCUGGUUGUGUAUUACAGGGACUCUGAUGGCUAUGUCAGGCUGAAGGAUUUUGCGAGAGAACUGACAUCCCUUGAGUGGAAGGAGAGUUACUCCAAGUUCAUGUCCUAUUACCUAGACAUGCUUGACUCUUCCUUGUCACUAAACCUCAAUUCUUUCGACAAGUCCAACUUCAUCUUCUCAAACUACUACAGAUACGGAUUCAAGUUUGUUUUGCUAUAUCCACUCCUCUCCACUAACGUUACCAAAGUCUUCUCGAAACCAGCUGAUUCUGCAUCUGAUUUGACUGAUUCAGACUUGAUUUGGAUGAGUGAGCCAAAUAUGGAAUGUUUUUCACUGAAUUUCGCACCUCCAGAAGAUCCAAAGGUUUUGUUGCUGUCAUAUUCGGAAAGCUCGCUUAUGAAGUCCGUUUUAUACUACAAGGACAGUGAAAAGGGCUGGACGCUUGAUAGUAACAACACCCACCACCAAUUUGUGAAUCGUUUAUUGGCGCUCGAAAACUCGUUUGUGUACCGACUUGAGGACGCAAAUUCUUCUUUGCCAAGUGAAUUUUACACCUAUGAAUACACUGAUGCGUUCGGUGUCAGGUUCGGAGUGUGCACUCCAAAGUCCGGCAAGAAUCUAGUCUCAGUUACUUACAACUCAAUGGUUGUAUAUGAGGUGAAAAAGGGCGAACGAAUCCUAGACGUCCUCUCUACUCAACCAAACAACCCAGACCACGUCAUACUCAUGCUGGAUACCAAUGUGACUGAUCCCGAGUCCUCAAAACCGACCAUAAUCUACAAGUACAUGAAGAGGGUGUUAUCUUGGAACGAAGUGGGAAAAACUGAGUUUAUGGAGUCACUGAUGACUAACUUGUCAUCCGAUUUCUUCCCACUCAGUUUAUCCUCGAAGGAUUUGCACAACCGAGUUUUGGCCCGAUUGUCCGUUGAAACGUCCCACGACGCUUUCCUGGACAAGGUAAACGAACUUUCGACACCCUCAGAUUACGAGCAUUUCACACUAGAUCUUGCCAACUAUAAAGAUAACCACAGAUUAUCAGUUAAGGACUACGUCGAAUCAACUGUUCCAAGAACGGUGCUGCGCGUCAAACGCAAUUACCUCCUAACUCGCCUGGUUCAUUCGGACCAGUUGGUUUGGACCAGUGACAAUUCUUCCACCCCUAGCGAUCGUUUUGUGACUCAUGUAUACUUUGCGCCUACCGAGGAUCCCAAGGUUUUGACACUGUUCUUCAGGGACUGUGGCAACGGCGUUUACUCACGCAGAUUUUUCAAGGAGAAUGGUUGGACUGAAUUCAAUGGUUUGUGUACUAACCUGACCAACGACUCAAAGCUCUUUACUAUGCUCAACAAGUUCGUGCUUGACAUCCACACAGACUCAAUGCGCUACUCCAAUAGCUUCUUUAAGAAGGAAUUGGUGUACGAAGCGAAUACUUACUUCAUGAAGAUAUCACCCAAGGAAAAUGUUGAUGUGGUCAAGUUGAUGUGCAAGGAAUUGCAGAUCUGGGACAAGGGAGAGUACGACAACUUCAAAUCAGUACUCGUUUACCCAAUCAACACACCCAAAUUUGCAAAGCUCUACCUUGGCACCAACAACGGGUCUCAUUUCUUCUAUUUCUCAAAGACAAACGACUUCUGGGCAGCGCAGACCGAGCCUGAGUACAAGUAUUCCCUCAAACGCUAUUUAUCACACUCAUCCGAUGACUUCGAGCCUGUAGACCUUUCCAACACCAAAAACUACAUCAACCAGACCAAAAAGCUCAAUGCAUUCUACGUAAACCUACAUAAGCUUGCGUUCACCUCUGUUUCACCUCGCUUCGAGUACAAGAUCUCAAAGGUACUAUUCAGCCCAUCCCAAUCUGUCGGAGAUUCUGACCUCAAUGAUUUUGACUUCGGGCCAUUCAACUUCGAUAACCACGAAAAGACCCAAGCGGGUGACGUCGGAGAUUCUGACCUGAAAGUUCUAUUUGAACCAACCUCUAAUGAGGAUAUAAGGCUGGUCUCAUUUGCACCAGAAAAUGAUCCGAAGUUUGUUUCAAUAACUUACACAAGUACCUCCAACUUGAUCAUUCCUAGGACUUCACCAAAGUUACAGGAAUCACCAUAUUCACCUAAUCAGUCACCAGAAACUGUUUCAGACCCAACCCCAACAUCCUCUGUAUCAUUCUCUGGUGAUUAUGCAUAUUUAACUGGUGUUCCAGGCUAUCUACCUAAUUAUGACGGAAUGGAGAUGUCCUCUCCAUUUUAUCUUUCGGUGAAUACAAAUCACUAUUACCUUAACGAAGGGGUUUGGACCAUAACUGACGACGCUACAUUCAAGUCAUUGUGCUUGAAAUGGGCAGAUGAACAAUUUGAGAGGAAGCAGCCAUUUGACCUUGACCUUGACGACCUUGAACUGAACAAGGAAAAUUAUGACUCGGCGGAUGAAGAGUUGUCUGGAGUUUAUUUCACCAAGUUCACGCCAAAGGCUGGCUUCGAGUUCUCUCACCUACGCCAGUACGACAAGGUUAUAUACCGCCAGAAGUCCUUCCCGAUCAUCAGCCUUUCAGUAUUCCCUCGAAACAAACCCAGGUUUGUCAAAAUCUCACAUAAAAUGAGCCCAUCACUGGUUAACAACUACUUCUUCGUUAGCUUCUAUCCAUAUGGACUCUCGCAACGUGAUUAUCCCACCUUUAAAAAGGCUUUGUUGGACUAUAUUAACUCGCCAGACUACUCACCACCAGCUGAGGUAUCCAAAGCACUGUUAUCCGAAACGGCUUUGACCUCAACUCAGUUGGUCAAGGUCGGCGAGUUUACAACGGACCCUCAGAACUCAACACUGGUUUUGUAUGGAAAGAAGCUUGAUUUAUUGUACUAUGUGGAUUAUAACAACGAUUCUAAAAGUGGUUACAGACUGAGCGAUGGCACCAAAUCUGAUGAGAUUCCAAAUGUUGUGACAACAUAUUCUGGAAAAUUGUACGCUUUGAAUUACUAUUUGGUGUCACCCAAUCAAGGGUAUGAGUUCACAAAGCUUUACGACAAGGGUGAUAUUGUGUUCGAUUUGGGAGAAGACAGAGUUUUGAAGUCGCUUUUGUUAGUCCCGAAGACGAAUCCAACCCACAUACUCGUCCACUACACAAGCGACCAGCGCUUCAACUUCUUCGAACUAUACCACAAGCAAGAAAAGUGGGUCCCCUCAUACCACUCACUUCUUAAGUACAAAAUGAAGAACAUCACCAAGUAUCACCUCAGCCCGUUCUCCGAUUUCGAGUACCCCUUAUCACAACCACUCAAAGAACCAAAAGCUUUAGAUCCAAAUUCAACGAAGCCCGCGUUACCCGCUUCUCCUGGAUUAUCAACUGUUGAACCAGAAAAGACACCAGCGGAUAAAAAGGAGGACCACCCUUCGUUCUUCUCACUAAAAACCGUACCCACAUCUAAGUUCAUGUUACACGGCAACGUGAAGAUGUUGUCUGACCUCGAAGAUAAGCUUGAAUAUAAGUACGAUUUGCUGAAAAACGUGGCACUUCCCCAGGACUCUAAUAACCUCCAAACUGGGCUAUCCGAUUUAGGAUUCAAGUUUUACAUUGAGGAUGAAAAACAAUAUAGACUAGUGUUCGUGGACGAGCCAAACCACAACAUUACAAAGUUGAGCGUUAACGGCGAGGUUCUGCUCGACCUGACAAAUAGCAAGCCUUACACCACCACUUCAAAGGAAUUUUCAUACGACAUUGAGUCUAGGGGUUUCACCCGUGAGAAUUUCGAGGUAUACGAAGGAAAAUUCGAGGACAAGGAGUAUGUUGUUGUGAAGGUGACCCAGGGUACACUUUCCAAGGUAUUAGAGGGUGAAUCAGAGGUCUGGGACUCAAAGGGAAAGUUAGUUGAAAGGUUUGCAUACUAUCCAACUUUUGAACCAGAUCAUUUGUUAGUCUCCUACAAAGUCCAGCUCGAAAACGGUGAAUCCGUCACUAAUUACGAAUAUAUGCACAAGGUUUCUAACAAGUGGGUGGAAAUGGAUCAGGAAAGCCAGCUGCAACUUGACGCUGAUUUGAAAUCAAAUCUUUUCAGCUCAAACCCACAGGAAACAAAACCCAAAUUGCUUAAGGGAGUAUUGCUAAUGCCAUCAAAGGAUCCAGUUAAGCUUCAUGUUUGGUACACUGAAAAUAACUUCGACAAGUUCGUGUCGUUUUCAAGAUCUCUGGGCAAGUGGACUCACAGUACCCUAGUCUUUAACGACCUCGUUUCUGUUAAACUCAAGUUUGUUACAGCACAACUGAGGGCUGAUACGGUCGUCUUCACUGGUACCCAAAUCCCUACUCUUUCUGAGGAAGCCAGCUCCUCUAAGUCUAGGAAGAUCAUGUUCGAGAGUGUCUCCGUCAACAAACAUUUCUUAGUGGAACAACCCGAAAAGGACAACUUCUUAUACUUACCGCUCAAUAACUUCCUUAUAACAAAUGUUUCUUACGGAAAACACUCCUUCUUCAAAAACGCAGAUCCACAAACUGAUGCAGCAAACACAAAGAAGGUUUUUGCGGUGUAUUUGACAGUGGAAAACCAGAAGGGUCAGUUCUAUGGAAAGGUGAAUAAACUAACUGUUAUAUUCCAGGAUUUGUUGGCUAACGUUCACGUUCAGUCCUGGUUUAGAGAUUCCACAAAUAAGUGGUCUAGAUUCACACUCCCAGACAAGGAGGUUUCUGCCCUUAAAGAACUCCUAAAGGACGCGAAAUCAAGGCAUUCUCAGAAGACAAAGAUUGACGCUACUGCCAAAUCCUUCACAAACUUCCUCACAUUAACAGAAAAGGAACAAGGCACCAAGGGCAGUCUCAAGUUAUCCGGAAGAGUAUUGGUUCCAGACACACCACCAGCAUUCUUCAACUAUGAUCUGACUACCGAUGAAAUGGACGUAUACGUCUCCUCGCUUAAAACUCGCUUUUAUUCUUAUGCUAAGGACGAUGCCUGGAACAGCUUCAAGGUUCUGGCUGUUAAAGAAGGGUACGAGGUAACGGUUCUUAAAACCUCAGACCGCGUCAUCUACAGCACCUCAACUAAUGAAAAACAUAAAAGCAAAGCCCAAUAUGACAGGAUUAUCGCUGUCUACAUAUCUCCAUCAACCAAGCCAGACUCCGUGUGCUUGUACCUGUCCGACAGAUUCGGAGCCAAAAAGUUAGUGUUCUUCCGCAAAGGCUCAUCUGAUCAGUCUAAGGGAGCUGAUGAGUGGUCUGAAUCUACUUUAUUGUCGAGCCAAUUUAACAGCAUCAAGUUUAAACUUGAUGAGGCUCUUUCCCGCAGCACAUCACUGAGGCUCGAGUGUUUCGAUUACAGCAAAGUGUUGUACUACGGGGGCUCAUUUAUAUCUCACAGCCAAUUGACUCGCUCAGAGUACUUUGUGAACACCGAUUCUGAGGUUAGGAACACUCCUUUCAAGGGCUUUUAUUCAAUAGUUAGUGAGGAAGAGAACUACAUAAUGCUGAUACCCAUAAAAACAAACAAGAUCUCUCACAUCAAGUACUCCACUGAGACUCUCUUCUCACUUGAGUCCCAGUUCCACACAGUUAGAGCUCUUAUGCUAACUCCAAGACUUAAUCCAGACUCCCUAAUAGUCUACUACAAUGACGAUGAAAAUAAUGAUUACUACUCAACCUUCACAAAGCUGGUUACGAAAACACCAACUACCUCUGCACAAUCGAAUAGUCCAACUAGUUCAACUGCCCAUAAACUGUUUGGAAACCCGAACAAGACUUGGCAGCAGAAGCAGUUUAUGUUCUUUUCAAGCUUUGGAACCAUAAAGAAAAUACAUUGGAAUCUGGAGACGUUUGAGAAUAAUAACCCAGCAUUGGUCAGUUUUUCCUCUAGGCAAAGGACAGGAUCAAGUCACUACAAUUUGGCCUUGACUUUGACAGGUGUGUACACUCCUGAGGACGGAGUCUCCAAGGAAUUUGUAUUCUUCUUUGAUCCGAAUCACAAAGACAGCGCCUACGUCUUUGAAGGUGAGCGGGUUGUUGAGCACAAGGGCGCGUUUGAUGUAGUUUUCAAGAACUCUCAGUCUAUGAAUUAUCUACAUGUUAAGUCAAGUCCUUCCUACAAAGUCAAAUCCGUAAUGAUGGAUUCACAAGUUCUAAUGGACCUGGACGGAACCUCGGAUUUCGACUCAUUAACUCUCACCCCAGCUCUAAAUCCAUCCACAAUACUGAUAACAGCAGUGGAUUCAAUUUCCUCAUUGUUUUACUACUUUGUGAACAAGGAAAACACAUGGCAUACAAUGGGCUCUGACAUGACAAAGUACAUUAAGAUGAAGGUUCUACUUCACAACGCAUCAGAAGAAAUUAGUCAAUCACACUCACAUGUGGAUGAUCUGGCUGAAUCAGAAGUGAAACGUCCAACACCAGUGAAAGAGCACAAAUUUGAGUUUAACUUGUCGAGUUAUGACGCUUUAAGUGAAGUGUACACUCUCAAAAAGGACUCGCUCAGCGGCCACGAGUUUAUGCUUGGGAGAACAAAAGCAGACAGCAAUGUUGAGAAGAUACUGGACUCGAACUUGUUGGUGUGGAACAACCUUGGCAAUUCCAGAGUUGUUAGGUUCGGCUUCUCUCCACUAAAGGAUCCAAACUUGCUAUGCGUUGGCUACAUGUUCAAUGACAAGGAGGUAUAUGAUUUCUUCCACAAAACUGGAGGUGUUUGGCAACCAUACUCAUCACUGAACAACGUUCCAAGUCUUCUUACUCACAUUUCUAACCUUGACCUCGUGAAUUUCGUUCUCGAUCUCUCUGCAGUUGACGAAGCCUCAGAACACUACAAACUCACCAAAAACAAAUACAACAGCCUUGAGAUUGUUACUGGUAAUGUUUCGGAAGGAUCAGUCCUUGCUUCAGUUGUAGAUAAGGACCUGAACGUUUUACCUAAUUUCAAGAUCCUAGCUUUGAAGGUCCAGAGGUUUGUAUAUUCUCAACCCGAAAAUCCAACAUACUUUGGUCUUUACUUUACUGAAAACUCUAAGGAGGGUUAUGAGCUGUACAACAAACAAAAUGGCAAAUGGUCACUAUACUUUGGUAUGAGUGAAGACCGCAGGCUUUUGUUAAAAGAGUUAUUAGCUUCCAAGGAUGUCGAUCAGUUUAAGUCAGAAAGCAAGCUCUUUACACCAGAGAACGAGUUCUACUAUAACACACGUCAUUCCAACAAUGUCAGCAACAAACACUAUGACGUUGAGAGACAAACUUCUGAGUACUUAGACUAUGUGCUCGUCAAGGUUCACAAGAACCAAAGACUUUUGAAGGUACUGAACAAUAACCUUACUGUAUGGGUUCCAAAGGAUGCCAUGACUGAGGUCUCAAGGUUCAUGUACUACCCGCCUGAUAAUCCGAUUUAUUUCUCAAUUGCAUACCGCACUCCGAGUUCCAAGGAGGACUAUUUCGAGUACUUUUACAGGUCAGAGAACAAAUGGUAUCCAUACUCUGAGCCAAUGAACAUUCCACAAACACUAAAACGCCCACUUUACUUUCAUAAAGAUUCAACUUCCACUGGUUCAAGUAAAGUAGUCUUCGAUUUAACCCUGGACCUUACUUCUGACUUUUACAAGUACCGUUAUGACCGUCACCUUACUUUGUACAAAAAUUUGCUUUUUGAAACUUUUGUACCAAAGCCUGAAUAUGAAGUGUCUGAAGUAGCAAGCUCCUUUAAAGUUAUCUACAGCAAGUUGGAAGAUGAGAAUAUUACAAGGAUAUCAUUUUACCCCAGCAAUGACCCUAAACUUUUACUCGUUGAGGUUAAAACUGAAAGUUCCUCUGGAACUCAGAAGACUUUAGUGAGAAAGUUUGUUCUAAAAGACACCUGGGUUGUAAACGACGAUGAGUUUGAUAAUCGCGCUCUAUCGUAUUUGAAUUCUGAACAAAAAGCAGUAUCGUUGGAUUUGAGACAGUUGACAAAGGAAAACACUACGUUUGACGAUUUCUUAGUGGUAAAGGAGAGUUUGAACGGAACAUUCGAAACUUUGGUAGUAACUCCAAUCUUGGGCAAGAGAAUAGUUUCAAUUUUUGACGGGCCUGAAAGUGUUUGGUCAUCUGACCAAGCAUCUGUUGAUUCUUGUUAUCUAUUCCCACUUGAAUCACCUGAGCUACUGUCAGUACUGUCCACAGACCUUGCGAUUAAAUAUUACUCCAAGCUCAGUGGCAAAUGGUUGGAAGUUUCUUCUGCUUCUUUCGACUACCUCUCCUCAUUUUACUCGGGAACUCCAAACGUCGUUGAGCUAUCUCACCUUUCCAAAUUCGAGCCCACCUCGUCCUUCACUGACUUCAAUUAUUUGAGCCCCUUCAAUUCCCAUAAUGUUUCCUCCCUCGAGACCAAAACCAGAUAUAACUUUUUGAAAACAGGUUUGCUCAAAUAUAAUUCAUUAGUAUUUGGAGUGGCCUCUCUAGUGCCUCGCAAAUUUGAAUCAGACGAGUCAGCUAGUUCACAAACUCCACAGGUGUUGGCUUUGACUUAUUUAGGAGAGCCCUUGUUUAGACUAAAUAAUGAUCAGAAGUUCCUAGACUUGAUCUUUUACCCCCUGGAGAAGCCAUCAGUGGUAGGGUUUUCAUUCCUUCAGGAAGGAAAACAUAUGCAAAAGUUCUUUUUGAGGAGUGCAUCCGAAAAACACGAAUGGUAUGAAGUCGACAGCCUACACUUUGAUAACCUAUUUUCACUAUUGUCCAGUCACAAACUCUUUAACCCAGGACCAGCCGACACACUCCAGCAGUUCCAGUUUGACCUUCACUGUGAAAAGAGCGGCGAUGGGUUUGUUCUAACAAAACUUUCGCCGAAAGAUCAUUACCACUCAGUAUAUGUUUCUGAGACCCACAGGCUUUCGGAGAUUAAGGACAACGGCGUUUCCGUCUACCAAGUUCCUGAAACUGACUUCGUCUACAAUCUCUACUAUAACCUGGAUCCAGAAAACACUCAUCUGACUCUUUCAUACAUUUCCAGUUCUCUAGAAUUCCCACCAGAUUCGCUGGGUUACUUAUAUUUCGAAAAGAAGAAUGAGGAAUGGGUCAAAUCUUAUUCAUUUACAACUAAAUUAUUAGAUCUCGAUCAAAUGUUAAGUUCAGCCCAAGUUCCUUCAACUCCAGCUAAACAACCCACACCAAUGGAGUCCAAUGAGUUUGUGUAUGAUAUGAAUAAGGACAAAGACAGCACUGCGAACUUUGAGUUGAAGGUUGAGACGAUGCAGGGAGUCAAGUUGGCCACAGUUUUACCAAGAACGAACAAGAAGCUCGUUCACUUGCUUGAUUCUGAGGUUAAGGUUUGGUCUUCUGGACCUGACGACAAAUGUAAGAGGGUUCUUUACGCGCCAUUUGAACAGCCUAAAGCAGCAGGAGUGGUUUACUUUACAGGAGAACAAGAGACUGUAAAGUAUUUCCUGAAAAAUCCAGAUGGCACUUGGAAAGAGACUUCUCCCGACCAGUUUAUCAAGGUUCUCAUACCUGAAAUUGUGGGCAAAAAUAACUCAGUAAAGGUUUCUCUCGAUUUCUCAAACCUCGCAAACCAAGUAGUAUCCAACUUAGAAAAAUAUAAGAACAUUCCCCAACCAACGUUAACGAAAACCCUAGGAUCAAAUUUGCUUGAGGAAGAUAUCUCAUCCUUUAUGGUUUAUUCAGUACCUAGUGAGCUUGAAGUCACAAACCUUUACGAUCGUGAAGAUUUGGUGUAUUCUUCAAGCAUGCAAGUUAUCAAAACACUUCAUCUUUACGCCAAUAAAAAUGAUAUGUAUCUCAGAGUCACCACUGAUUUCUUAGAUCACAAAACUUCACACUAUUUCCACACCACACUCAGAUAUGAAAACCAAAGUUCAACUCUACCAGCCUCUCCACCAAAUUCAUUACCAGCUACUUCACAUUCAUCUAAUUUGCCUACCAAAUCUGUCGGUUGUGAGAAGUUUACCUUUGACUUAUCUGCUUCAAAUAAGACUAAUAAGUUCUUUACCCUUUAUCACGGCAAGUAUUUUGGCCAUGAUGAGGUUUCUGUCAAGGUUCACUCUGACUAUGUUCUUUCUCGUCUUGUUGAUGGCAAGACUUUGGUCUGGGAACAAACUGGUCAUGUCUUUUUGGUCAACUUUGGUUACAUGCCUGAAAAGAAUCCAUCUCAUCUUUGUCUAGGUCUCUACUGUGCUAAAGGUCACAGACUUUGGUACACCUUUUAUUUCAAGAAAGGUGGUAAAUGGCAUUUAUACACACUCGACGAUAAAUUGCCUGACCAACUUUUGGAGUUGUCAGAGUUGAUUGAGUCUAAGACGUUCUUUGUGUUUGAUUUGUCAGCCCAUUCAAACUCUACCGAAGAUUACGAUGUUAUUGAAUCCCAACACCACGGCCAAAAAUGUAAAGUUGUCAGCCUUAAUAAAAACAGAUUACUGUUUGACAUUCGAGAUGGCAAAGAAAUCAUUUGGAGCUUUGAAAAUAAGAAAUUCGCAAUAUCGUUUAGCUUCAUGCCACCUGAGAAUCCCAAUCAGCUACUUGUGUCCUACUUUUCACAAAAUGAUAUGAUUGUCGAGAGCUUUGAAAAAAUUGAUGGUAAAUGGAUGUUAACCGAUAAUGACUCGACACUUCUUUCUCUACCAGCCUCUCCACCAAAUUCAUUACCAGCUACUUCACAUUCAUCUAAUUUGCCUACCAAAUCUGUCGGUUGUGAGAAGUUUACCUUUGACUUAUCUGCUUCAAAUAAGACUAAUAAGUUCUUUACCCUUUAUCACGGCAAGUAUUUUGGCCAUGAUGAGGUUUCUGUCAAGGUUCACUCUGACUAUGUUCUUUCUCGUCUUGUUGAUGGCAAGACUUUGGUCUGGGAACAAACUGGUCAUGUCUUUUUGGUCAACUUUGGUUACAUGCCUGAAAAGAAUCCAUCUCAUCUUUGUCUAGGUCUCUACUGUGCUAAAGGUCACAGACUUUGGUACACCUUUUAUUUCAAGAAAGGUGGUAAAUGGCAUUUAUACACACUCGACGAUAAGUUACCUGACCAAAUUUCUGAGCUAGCUAAGAAUCUAUUCCUCGAGUAUGGUACUGACGACUUGGAACAAUACCGCAACCAGAAGGAAAAACAAAAACCAGCUUUGGUUCGCGGCAAAUGGCAAAAGAUUGAAAAGGAAGAGUUCUACAACAACUUCUUGCACGUAUCAAUUAUUAAGGAAUAUGUCACCUUUGACAUAAGCUUAAUUCCAGACGUGGGACAAUACGAGGUUAAGGAAGGCUUCGAGUUCGGACACCCAAUACGUAUAUCUAACCCGAUGCCAAGUUUACACGUGGGAAUAGUGUCACAUGGAAACAAACCAGUAUGGCAGAGUAAUUCAAUAAAUGAACAUGUAAAAUCUAUUAUAACUGUUCAUGAAAAUGAGUACAAAUAUCUUCUAAAUUCUAACACAAAGCUAAUUCAACUAUACAUUAAAGAUAGAGAUAAGAUCUCGGCCAAAUACUUUAAAAAGUUAGAUAAUGAUGAUUGGGCAGAGAUCAUGGAAAAAGAAUACGCUAAUCUCUACGAUAAAUUAUGCAGGGAUUUCAAAUCUCUCAACGAGGAGUUAAAGUUCGUUGAACACGAGUCUGACAAGUUGGACAGUGAUGCAGAGACUGUUGCUUCAACUACUCACCUCUGUCCAUCACCCGAUGAUUUGUUGGUCACUGUAUCUUAUACCGACAAAAAAUCCGGCACCUUAACGACUUCUCAGUUGAAAUUGAACGAUUCCCACAAGAAUUUAUUUGUAUAUACAGUUGACGAGUUACAGACUGUAUAUGUACCUAUUUUAAGAAAUUCAGUUAAAAAAUUGAGGCUCGAUGAUUUUCCUUUUUACGAGGAAGAUGAGGCUUCUCCCGAUUUGUUGGCAUUUAUGACUAAGCUCAACACUGACGGCACACUCCAAAGAGUUAUACUCUUUUUCAAGCACAAUUAUCAACUAGUUCACGAAGCGUUUGUGCUUGACAAAGGAAAUUGGGUUUCUUUCUCCCUCCUUCCUGAUGAGGAGUCGUACCUAGCCGACCUAGUGUUGAAUGCAACUGAACAAAUGAAGUUUCUCUAA